AUGGCUGAGGCCGGGGCUGGCAAGCCGGCCCCCAGCUUGGAGGGUGAGCAAGGGGCGGAGGGCGACACCGUGCCUUCGGACGAGGGCUCCCUCAGUGACUCGGACUUGGACCUGAGCUGGCCCGGGGGUGCUGAGGUGGAAGCGCUGUCCCCAGAGGGGCUGCCGGGGGAGGCGCAGGAAGAUUCAGAGCCCGAUGAGCCCCCCGCGCUCCCCACGGGCCUCCCCCGCACCGCGGCACAGCCGUUCCAUCUGAGAGGCAUGAGCCCCACCUUCUCCCAGCGCAGCCAUGACAUCUUCGGCUGCCUGGAGGGGGUGGCCAGGCAGGCUCCCCGCUCUGGGGCCCGCACCAGCAUAAGUGACAAUGGGGACUUCAAGCGGCCACAGGCGCCCUCGAGUCAGCGCCCAGCAGAAGGCCUGGGCAGGGCCCACGGGAGCCCUGCGUCUCCGAGGGUGCCCCCCGUCCCGGACUAUGUGGCCCACCCUGAGCGCUGGACCAAGUACAGCUUGGAAGACGUGGCUGAGGCCAGCGAGCAGAGCAACCGGGCCGCCGCCCUGGCCUUCCUGGGCUCCCAGAGCCCGGCCACCCCCGCUGGCUAUGCACCCUCCUUCAACCAGGACCCCUCCAGCAGCGGGGAGGGGAGAGUCGUCUUCACCAAGCCGGCCCGAGGUGCCGAGGCCAGACCCGAGAGAAAGCGGGUCCUGAGGAAGGGGGCGGAGCCGGGCAGGGGUGCCUCCGGGAGCCCCAGCCCGGCCCGGGGUGAGGGCCCCGUGGAGCUCGCCCACCUGGCCGGGCCUGGGAGCCCAGAGGCUGAGGAGCAGGGCAGCCCCCGUGGGGACCUGCGGGAGGCGGAGCCUUCGGGGGCUGCCUGUGACGGGCCCGUGGCAGGCCUGGUGGAGACUGUUGGCUUCCACAGCAGCAAGAAGCGGAGUCGAGGCCACUUCCGGGACAAGGGCAGCAGCCCCGAGGGCCCGGGGGCUGAGAUCUGAGGCCUGAGGCGGCGGCCCGGCCUGACCACACUGGCCACUGCGGUUCUGCUGCCAGCCGGGCCACUCCCAGGCGGGGCUCCCUGUAGGUGGCACAGCAGCUCUGGCCAGGGCCCACGCGGGGUGUGGGCUGGGAUGCUGGAAUCUCGCUCCCUGGCUCUCUAGGUGCCGGUGAAUAAUAAAGGUGCUGGGUCCUCCUCCGCU